AUGUUUGGAAUAAUUUAUUUAUUGGGAGUGGCUCUUUGCACCGACCUCUGUCACAUCAAUGAAGAAAAGUUCGUUCGACUCUGGGAUGGCGAAGACUUUCUCCUUGCUGCGGAUAUCGAUACAAUCACCGCUUCGCCGCUCAACAACGACAUGGAGCACAGGCGUCUUGUCGAAGAAUGCCGCGGCAUCGUGGCGAUUGACUAUAUCUACUCGGAGAAAACUAUCGUCUGGGCUGAGUCAGAGACUGCUCCGCCAAGAAUAAACGUUUACCAAACUGCUAAAAAUGAGUUUUGGUACUUCGAUCUCCACGAGGGUUCCGAUAUUAAGUCCAUGGCUGUUGAUUGGGUGGCGAAGAAUGUUUACUGGUUCGACGAUACUGACGAGGCGAUCAAAGUCUGUAGUCUUUUCAGCUGCCAAGCACUCUCCGAUGAAGAGCCGAAAAAGAAGUCAUGUUCGUGUAAAACUCUCUUGCUAAAAAUCCAGAAUCAAAAGGCAUCUCGCGAUCUGGUAAUAGAUUCACAUGGAAGUCGCCUGUUCUUCAUCAAUGAAAACUCCCUGGAGUCGGUGAAUCUAGAUGGAACGAACAGACAAGUGCUAAUUAACUCCAGAGAUGUAGUGGGAAAUAAAAUCUCCGGCUUAGCUAUGUAUGAUAGAAACAACCUGAUUUACGGCUCUCCCGAGCUGAAAAUACAUAAGCUGAACCUCAUCACUGAUACUUCGCAAACAGCUGCCCUUCCUCUUUCGCAAACGAUGCUGUUUUCAUCGAAAAGAUUCCUCUCGCGCGAAAUGGUUGAGCAGACAGCUGAACGAGCUGGCUUGAGCUUUAUUCUUUCGUUGACGAGUCUCUCGUCCUCGCUUCAGGAUCCAUUGGCGAAUCCUUGUAAAGAUUCGCAAUGCUCUGAUCUCUGUCUACGCUCUCCAACAGGGUUUACUUGCUCUUGCUCGGCUGGCCUUGCUCUUUAUCCUAAUUCAACUACACUUUGCCGAGAACAUCCGGAAUCUUUCAUCAUACUGGCUAAGGAACAAGUUCUUCGGAGAAUAUCACUUGAUACCGAAGAGCACGAAUACAUGAAGUUGGUAGAAUACGGCGAUUCCUCUCGUUCUAUCACCGCAGUUUCAAUUGAUCCCUUGUUCGGGAAGAUAUAUUAUUCGACCGUCUACUCGGAUGAAGACGGAAAAAGCAUUGGAUCGACAAUCCAUAGUGUCAGAAUCGACGGUUCUAACCAGGUCGACUUGAUUUCGGACGGUCUUGCAGAAGUGGAAGGUUUAGCGCUGGACUCACAGAAUCAAUUGAUCUACUGGGCUGACAAAAUAAUGAUGCACAUCGAAGUGGCUGCAUUGACUUGCAGAUGCAACGUACGUGGUUGCUUGCACGAGCAUUGUCGCCGCAUCAUCGUAACAUCGAAGGACCACAAGCCAGACUUCCAGCCGCGCUCGAUCGUCGCUGCGCAUGGCUACAUCUUCUGGACAGACAUUGCUUCCUGCAAGAUCGUUCGCGCUCACGGCAGCGGUGGAUCCCAAGACGUGCUCAGAACGUACAACACUCGCACAUCGCAUGGUUGCCCGAAUAAAAUCAGCAUCUCGGAUGAUGGGAAUAAACUUUUUGUCAUCGUGCGAGACUUGAAAAUUCGUGUAGAAAGCUACAUCGAAGUUCUGCACAACAUAAUUCCCGAGCUUUCUCCUGGAGCAAAGAUUGAGUCUCAAUUAUUUAAAAGAUUUCCAGGGCGUGAUUUUGAGAGCAUCAAAGUCUUCAAAAACUCAGUUUUUGUAGUUGGACAGAGUGCGCCACUAACUGAAGUAAAUGCAGGCGGGCAAGAAAAAAGAUUCUACGGGACUGGGCACUUGAACAGUGAUGUGCUGGACAUACAAGAUCUGUCCGUAAAAAUCGGAAAAAAUGAGCAGAUCUGCGACUUUAUUCAAUUCGCGAAGCCGGGAAAUGGACGAAACUGCCAAUGUCCAGAUGGACUAUCCAAUACACUCGACACUUCUUCGGCAGGCUUGGGCAGAUCCUGCAAAGGUCCAGAGCUUGACCUGCUGUUUCUUCUAUUGGACGACAAUGAUAAUCGAUAUAAAUUCCACCAGCUCCCGAUUGGUGACGAGACAAGCAACGACCGAUCGACAGAAGUGCACGAGUUUGAGCAAAAUAAUCUUCGCGAGCCUUCUUUCGACUUUCACUACAAAACUGACCGAAUAUUUUUCUUCGCCAAGGAAAAAUUUACCACGCUUUACACAGCGCAGCGCAAGAAAACCGGCAAGUUUCGAAAACCAGUUCAGAUAACCAACGUUGGUCUCGAAGGAGCCGUCAAGCUUGCUGUCGAUUGGAUAGGAGAUAGCGUUUACUGGACGAAUAACAUCCUCCAUCGUGUGGAGCAAAUUGUCUUCGAUGGAAGCGUUCGACGCACGAUCGUGCAUGACUGCGACCAGCCUCAUGCAAUAGCUGUUGAUUCAUCUGCUGGUUACAUUUUUUACUCCGAUUUUUCUACCUCUGACGAUUUUGCCAGUCUCAGUCGUGUCGAUAUGUCUGGCGAGAACAAAGUAUCAGUUCUCGGGCCACACUCAGAUUACAGGCAGAUUCUUUCUAUCUCUCUCGACAUCAUCAAGCAGGAAAUGUACUUGCUCGACGAAAUGAAGAAUUCGAUUGUCAAAGUCCCCUACGACGGGACUACGGCGGAGAUUGUGUAUUCUUAUCAAGCCGAAACGCCGUCUAUCACUUCUAUUUCCUUCUAUCACAGCGUUAUUUACUGGUCUGAGUUGAAAGAUCGGAGCUCUUGUGAGCUAAAGUCUCUCCAGCUUCGCGAUUACAGCAACUCUAGAGCGAAAACUAUCGGCAAACUGAGUAGCAAACCCCUUGGACUCACUGUAGUAGCUCCUCAGGUCGGCUGGGGGCAAUGCAACAUACCAAGGCCGAGUAACUAUCCUCAGUACAAAGAGAGCAUUUGCAUUGCGAAGCCGACAGAAGACGAACACAUACACAAAUCUGAAAAUGUCUGCUCGACUCACUUUAGCCUUCAGUACGACAUUUGCAAGGCGCCAAAAGAGUUUCUGAUCUUUGCCCAGGAGCGAGAAAUUUCGCGUGUUCUUCUGAAACAUGCAAGUGAUACUACCGACCAGAUCAUUCCAAUUCACGGAAUCGGGAAGACCUUUUCAAUGGCAUGGGAUACUUAUGCUGGCAAGGGACGCUUUUAUUGGGUGGAUUCAGAUAAGGAUAACCAAAUCUUCUCAUCCAGAGGCGUCGGAGAUGCACCAGUCUUGUUCCUGCCUAAAGAGCGGUCAUAUGCGAAGAAUAUUGCUAUCCACGAAUUGAGUGGAAUGAUUUUCUGGACACUCGCCAGCAGAGACGAUCGGAACGAAGAAGCGACAAUUUGCUACGCCUUCCUGACUGAAGACGGCGAAGGAAAAGGCGGAAAGUGUUUGGACGAGUGGACGCGUUCUGAGCACCGAAGUAUGAUGAGCAACAUCUGGAACAACAUCCGCCCAGAUCUGAUCGUCAUCCACCAGCUGACGGGAACUAUCAUCUUCACCAACGACUGUAAAACUUCUGACGAGUCUUGCCAGCUCAUCUUCACGACCAAUAUUUUCGAAGUUUCUUCUGGCCGCAUAUCAGCUCCAACUCCAUGCGUCGUUUUUGAAGCGACGCCUCCUGUAACCGCUAUCGCUGUGUACAGCCCACCAGAAGAUCCUUACCUCGUAAAACUGUUCUGGUCCGACGAAUUCAAGAUUUAUCACAAGGAGUUUACCAUCCCCCGCCAUCGAGCGUCAAUCUGUCCUGAUCAAGGAGAGAGCAAAACUUUGAGUCUCAAUUGUGAUAUAGAAUCAAAAAUCAUCCCCAACGGAAUUGCAAUCGCCGAAGACGAGCUCUUCUGGGUCGACGGCUCCGCACUCAAACGGUCGAAAGUCGGCCAAGGACAGAGUUGCGCGCCAACUCAAACCGUCAUUGAUCGCGAACUCAAAAAUCUAACCGCCAUUGCAAUUGUUAGAAGCAACGAUCGCAUCAAUGACCUCCGCUACGAGUGCAUCCACAAAAACUGUUCUCAUUUUUGUGUUGCUGACUCGUCGCUGUCAUCAUCGGUCCAGUGCAAGUGCCCACCUGGAUUGGAACUGAUGCGGAAUGCCAAAGACUGCGAUAAAGGAAAAUGCGGAGAUAAAUUCACCUGCGGAGCGGGAUCAGGAACGAGUCCUGAUUGUAUUGAGCAGAUUUAUGUUUGCGAUGGAAACUCAGACUGCGUCGAUGGGAGUGAUGAAAGCCCAAAUCUUUGCAAUCGUUGUUUGGAAAACGAGUUUUCUUGUGGAAAUGGCGAGUGUAUUGAUAGUGAUAAACACUGCAAUGGAAUCCCAGAUUGCCAAGAUGGAAGUGAUGAACGCAUAUGUCCGAUUACAUGCGAGUUAAAUCAAAACCGGUGUUACGACGCUCUUAAAUGCUACGAUGUCUCGGAGAAAUGUAAUGGCGUGGAUGACUGCGAUGAUGGAAGCGAUGAGCAAGACUGCCCCGAGCCUAUUGACGCGACCGCGAAGAUUGUUAUUUACAUCGUCGCCUUCUUCGUCUUCUUCCUGACCAUAAUCAUCAUCAUCAUCGUGGUGCUUACAAGACCACGGCCAAUCACACAAGAGCAAAACAUUCAUUUACAAAUUAUUCAACCCCCACCGCCGUUGAGUCAUCGUUCGAGCAUGAUGCCUCCUCCUUAUCACUCGCAUGCGGACAGUGUCUACUCCGCCGAAUACGAAGUCAAUGUUCCGUUGAUGGCUCCACCGCCAAGUGUCAUUUCCUCGGGAGUGGCGGCUCCUCUACGGCUCCCUCUCUCUCACCGCCAGCGUCAGCAACAAUUCAGCCAUGAUACUCUUUCGGAGAGCAGUCGUGGCUCUGGAACGGGCGAUUCGAAUCCGCCCUCCUGCAAAGUAAAUAUAAGACGCCUCUCGCAAGAAACAGACCUGAUUGUUCCGGGUUCUUAUGCGCCUUGCUCAACCCCUAUUCCAACCUCUGAAGAAUGA